AUGCAGUUUCCCGUGUAUAUCAACGCCGAAAUGCAUCACAUGACAGUCGUAGAUAUCCCAUCAAACAUGAAGCGUCUCGUGUGGUUUGGUGUAACCAACAACGAGCUCAAGGUCUCGACAGCCGACGUGCAACGACGACUCGAUCAGUGGCCUCAUCCCAUGCUGUUGCCAUCGCCUUGGUUUCUAUCGCCCGCCAUUCGCGACUUGUGUCCAUCCCUCCUCGGGUACUGCCUCUUUCGACUCCAGCCGUCGACGCGAUGCACCGCCUUGGUAGCUAUCCAAGCGUGUACAUCCUCAUCACGGGGGGACUCCGCUGGUCGGCGCACCCAACAACACAUCUACAUGCUGCUGGGCCAUGGUGUCCGCCGCGGCGCCGAGCUCACGAGUGCAAACCCUUUAACUCUCCAAGAUCACAUGCUAUCGAUGACAAACGACGUGGUCGUGAUGCUGAGCAUUCGGCCGCCCAUGCAAGUGGUUAUCGUCCUCACAGGACCAUGCGAUUUUACGAGUGCGAUCAACACAGCCGACUACCUAGCUCGACUAGACACGUCUGUUUAUUAA